CUUUUUCUCACCUGUUUGCCCUAACCUUUCACAAAAGAGGAGACAACUUGCAGUAGUAAUCCCAAAAACAAAAUUCCAAUACCUUGAAGCUUUACUAAUCAGCCACUCGAAUUAACCCAACCCACACCAAACCGAUAUCCCACUCCGAGGCCACUGCCCUGUCACUCUCACAGCUCUUUUUCUUAACGGUUGCCGCUCUCUUCCUCUCAUCUCAGCCGUCCAUUGUCUCACCUGCCGUCGGUUUCUCCUGCCUGCCACGGCCUGCGUCCCUGUCCACCAUUUCCUCGCAAGAAAACAAGCCCAGGAUCAGAGCUCCAGUCCAUGCCAAGAACAAGAAGCUCUCUCCCCCCUUCUCCUACCUCUCUCCUCUGCUUUUUGUCCGCUCCGUUUUGGUGGGGGCUCUGCUCGCCGCCCCACCCAGUACAAAACCACCACCGCUAGCUGGCUUCGGAGACACUACACCACUGCACGCGACACUCUCUGCCUGCCUCCAUAGCCUCCGUAGCCAGUGAAGCAGAGCGAAGCGGAGGGGAGCCAUUGCUUUUGCUUGCUCCGAGCUCGAGGUCGCCAUGAGGGCCAUAGCGGCGGCGAAGGGCACGCACGGGCACGACCCGAUGUCGUCCUCGAGGAGGCACUUCAGGUGGCCGGUUCUUGGCAAGAGCGGCAGCCGUGGCGCCGGCGCUGCCAGCGGGGACGAGGGGUACGUGAGGGGCUCGGAGGCCGAGGAGGAGGAGGAGGACGAGCGCGCCAUGGCCUUCUCCUCCGCCUGCCCGUCAUUCCACUCCGAGGACUUCGUGUCCCCUCCCAAGAAGCCGGCGCCCGGGGCCGCCGCGCCAGCGCAGGUGGAGAAGCAGGGGAAGCAGAGGAGGAAGGUCCGGACGGCGGUGGCGCGGCUGCGGUCGGCGCUGUCGGCGGCCGUGUCGGGGCGGCGGCGGCAGGUGGGGCUCGGCGCGCGGCUGACCGGCACGCUCUACGGCCACCGGCGCGGCCACGUGCACCUGGCGUUCCAGACGGACCCGCGCGCGUGCCCGGCGCUGCUGCUGGAGCUGGCCGCGCCCACGGGGGCCCUGGUGCGCGAGAUGGCGUCCGGGCUGGUGCGCAUCGCCCUCGAGUGCGAGCGCGCCAAGGCCGCCACCGGAGGUGCCGGCGGCGACGGGGGCGGGAGGAGGCUGGUGGAGGAGACGGUGUGGCGCGCGUACGUGAACGGGAAGAGCUGCGGGUACGCGGUGCGACGCGAGUGCGGCGGCGCGGACUGGCGCGUGCUGCGCGCGCUGGAGCCGGUGUCCAUGGGCGCCGGGGUGAUCCCCGCGGCCAGCUGCGGCGGCGGCGAGGGCGACGUGAUGUACAUGCGCGCCCGGUUCGAGCGGGUGGUGGGGUCCCGCGACUCGGAGGCCUUCUACAUGAUGAACCCAGACAGCAGCAGCUCCGGCUCCGGCAUCAAUGGCGGGCCCGAGCUCAGCGUCUACCUCCUCAGAGUCUGAUCGGCCGGCGGCACGGCCCGGUGGAUGGAUGGUUAGCGUUUAUUCUGGAUGAAAGCGUAAAUGGGGCUGCAAAUGAAAUACGUUUUGUUGUUUAGCGUGUAGGUGAGUCGUUUGCUAGUGUUGGACUCCGGUCAAUGAACUGGAGUUAAGCAGUAGUGCUAGUAGUAGUACGUAGUACCAAGCAUGUUGUAAUCAUCAAUAAAUUAGUAUCAUCAUCCUGGCAUCA